CACUUUUUGUAGGAAAUGCUGACCUGUAGCCCACAGUCUCCUCUGCUCUCUUAUAUAUAUGUAUGGCCCAAUGUGUUUGAAUUUCAUCAAGCAAUCCUCCAAUCUUCAACUCUUCCAGCUAUCUCUGCAUUUGCAAGGAUGACCAUCUUCCUCUGCUUCUUCGUCCUCCUCCUCGUCUCAUUGGCCACCGCCUGUGAUCGCUGCGUCCACCAGUCGAAGGCUGCGUACUUCUCCACGGCCUCUGCUCUUUCAUCUGGGGCUUGCGGUUACGGUUCCUUAGCCGUGGGGUUCAACAAUGGACAACUUGCAGCUGCUGUCCCUUCUCUGUACAAGGAUGGAGCCGGCUGUGGUGCUUGCUUUCAGGUAAGAUGCAAGAACGAUGAGCUGUGCAGCAAAGGAGGGACCAGAGUGAUUGUGACCGAUCUGAACAAGAGCAACGCCACGAGUUUCGUCCUGAGCAGCAGAGCUUUUGUGGCCAUGGCUAACAAGGGAAUGUCCAAGGACAUCCUGAAGCAGGGAAUCAUCGACAUAGAGUACAAGAGGGUGCCGUGCGAGUACAAGAGUCAGAACUUAGCCAUUCGGGUGGAGGAAUCAAGCCGGAAGCCACAUUACUUGGCCAUCAAGGUCCUCUACCAAGGCGGCCAAACUGAAAUAGUGGGCAUGGACGUAGCUCAGGUUGGUUCGUCAAACUGGAGUUUCAUGAGCAGAAACUACGGGGCAGUAUGGGACACAAGCCGGGUCCCGGAAGGGGCACUGCAGUUCCGGUUGGUGGUGACGGCCGGAUACGACGGGAAGUGGGUGUGGGCGAAGAGCGUGCUUCCAGCUGACUGGAAGGUCGGAGGGAUUUACGACUCGGGAGUUCAAAUAACGGAUAUUGCACAAGAAGGCUGCCCUACCUGUGAUGACGGGAGCUGGUGAUAGAUUUUGAUGAUACUUAGGGACUAAUCUGCUAAUCUUAAUAGAUUAAGUUGUGUCUGUGAUUUUAUUAGUAUACAUAUAAUAAUAAUAUGAUUUCUUGGAUGUAAGGAAAAUGAAGGUAAUAAUUAAUAAAAUUAUCGAAUAUAUGAUACGGAGAAAGAAUUUACCGGAAA